GAAUCGGUGAAGGACGAUGGCAUUUGUUAAGGAUCUGCUCAUGGGCUCACUGAAGGAUCUAGUAGAAGAUGAACUGGAGGAGUUUCAGUGGCACUUAGAGAAAGAUCAUGAGUGUAUAUCAAAGUCUGAAAUGAAGAAUGUAAAUAGGUUAAAAACAGUAGAUAAGAUGGUGGUGUGUUUUGGACCAGAAGAAGCUGUGAAGAUCAUGGUCGGCAUCCUGAGGAAGAUGAAGCAGAAUGAUCUGGCUGAACAGCUGGAGAACACACACAAGCAAGCUCAGACUGAGGCCAAUACGAACACAUCUGUCCCUGUUGGAGCUGAUUUACAUCAGAUCUGGAAGCUGCAGAACGUCUUGAAAACUCACAAAACCAACAUGAAGAAGAAAGCAAAAUACAUUUUUGAGGGCAAUAAUGAAAAUGACACAGAUUUAAAAACUGUUUACACAGAACUGUUCAUCACAGAGGGAGAUAUGAAAGAUGUCAAUCAGGAACAUGAGAUUCUGAAAAUUGAUGAUGCCUUAAAGACCAAGAAAUCACAGGACAAAACAAUCAAAUGUGAAGAUAUAUUUAAUGAACUGAGGAAAAAGAAUGAGGAGAAGAUUGUCCUGACCAAGGGAGUUGCUGGCAUUGGAAAAACUGUUUCUGUGCACAAAUUCAUCCUGGACUGGGCAGACGAAAAAAACAUUGAAGAUAUAGACUGUGUGUUUCUGUUUCCAUUCAGAGAGAUCAACAUGAUUAAAAACAGAAAGAUCAGUUUUCAUGAGUUUCUGCUGGAAUUUUAUCCUGAAUUGAAGGACCUGGAGAAAUCACAGUUAUAUACAGAAUCUAAACUUGCAUUUAUAUUUGAUGGACUUGAUGAGAGUCGUCUGCCUCUGAAUUUUAAAAGUAGGUCAUUGAACACUGUUGAUGAAAAAUCAUCUGUAGAUGUGCUGUUCACAAAUCUGGUCAAAGGGAAUCUGCUUCCAUCAGCUCUGGUCUGGGUGACCUCACGACCAGCAGCAGCCAAUCAGAUUCCUCGUCGAUAUGUAGGUUUGUUCACUGAGGUGCAAGGAUUCACUGACCAGCAGAAGGAGCAGUACUUCAGAAAGAGAAUCACAGAUAAGACUCUAGCUGACAGAAUAAUCUCACACAUUAAGACGUGUCGUAGUCUCUACAUCAUGUGCCACAUUCCUGUGUUCUGCUGGAUCACAGCCACAGUACUUCAGCAUAUUCUCAUUGAAACCAAUGCAGAGACCAUUAGCACAACACUCACUGAAAUGUACAUCCACUUCCUGCUGAUACAGAUGAAUAUGAAGAACCAGAAGUAUGAUAAACAAGAAGAAAGACAACGUACAAAGCUUUUACAUUCAAAUAGAAAAAUGAUUCUGAAAUUAGCCAAGGUAGCUUUUGAACAGCUGAAGGAGGAAAACAUUGUGUUUUAUGAGGAAGAUCUGAAAGCAUGUGGUAUUAAUGUGAGUGAAGGCACUGAGUUCACUGGAAUGAUUACUGAGAUCUUUAAGAAGGAAAAUGGACUUUAUAAGACAAAGGUUUUCAGCUUUGUGCAUCUGAGUGUUCAAGAGUUUCUCGCUGCAGUGCAUGUGUUCAUCUGUUACCUGAACAAGAACAUGCGAGAGCUUCAGUUUUUCUUUGAAGUUUCACAUACUGCAGCCAGACAAAAGCUUCAGCUCUUCUUUAGAAUUGUCAAAUUUCAUGAGUUAGCAAAGAGUGCCACUGAUAAAGCAAUGCAGAGUAAGAGAGGACAUCUUGACCUGUUCCUACGGUUUCUGAUGGGAAUUUCACUGAAGUCCAGUCAAAAACUGCUCAAAGGCCUGAUAACACGAACUCAAGAUACCACAGAGAGCAUCAGACAAACAACUAAAUACAUUAAACAGUUACAAAACGAGAAUAUCUCAGAUGAAGCUUCAGUCAACCUAUUCUACUGCUUACUUGAGAUUAAAGAUCAUUCAUUAUAUGAGGAAAUCCAGAGUUACAUUAGUUCAGGUAAACAUCAAGGAAGAGAACUCUCAUCUUCAAUGUGCACAGUGCUGACCUAUGUACUGCUCAUGUCAGAGAAGGUGCUGGAUGAGUUCAACCCAAAGACAUUCACGUCAUCACCAGCAGACUACAAGAGACUCAUUCCAGCCGUGAGAUGCUGCAGAAAAGCCCUAUUUGAUGGCUGUGGUUUUGAUGAAACAUGCUGUGAAACUGUGUCUUCUGCUCUACAAUUGUCACACUCCCAUCUGAAAGAGCUGCACCUGAGUAGCAAUCACCUACAUGAUUCAGGAGUGAAGCUGCUUUGUAAUGGAUUGAAGAGUCCACACUGUCAACUGAACAUACUGAGGCUUUCUGGGUGUCAGCUCACUGCUCAGUCCUGUAAGAGUUUGUCUUCAGCUAUUCAGUCCUCAAACUCUGUCCUGAGGGAACUGGAUCUGAGUAACAAUGACCUGCAGGAUUCUGGAAUGAUGCUUCUUUCUGAAGGACUAAAGAGUCCAAACUCUAAGCUAGAGAUAUGGAGAUUUUCCAAAUGUAAUCUCACUGCUCAGUCCUGUGAGAGUUUGUCUUCAGCUCUACAGUCCUCAAACUCUGUCCUGAGAGAACUGGAUCUGAGUAACAAUGACCUGCAGGAUUCUGGAGUGAUGCUUCUUUCUGAAGGACUAAAGAGUGCAAACUCUAAGAUGGAGAUAUGGAGAUUUUCCACAUGUAAUCUCACUGCCCAGUCUUGUGAGAGUUUGUCAUCAGUUUUGAAAUCCUCAAACUCUGUCCUGAGAGAACUGGAUCUGAGUAACAAUGACCUGAAGGAUUCUGGAGUGAUGCUUCUUUCUGAAGAACUGAAGAGUUCAAACUCUAAGCUGAAGAUGUUGAGAUUUUCCACAUGUAAUCUCACUGCUCAGUCCUGUGAGAGUUUGUCAUCAGUUUUGAAAUCCUCAAACUCUGUCCUGAGAGAACUGGAUCUGAGUAACAAUGACCUGAAGGAUUCUGGAGUGAUGCUUCUUUCUAAAGAACUGAAGAUUUCAAACUCUAAGCUAAAGAUGUUGAGAUUUUCCACAUGUAAUCUCACCGCUCAGUCCUGUGAGAGUUUGUCUUCAGUUUUGAAAUCUUCCAACUCUGUCCUGAGAGAACUGGAUCUGAGUAACAAUGACCUGAAGGAUUCUGGAGUGAUGCUUCUUUCUAAAGAACUGAAGAGUUCAAACUCCAAGAUGAAGAUGUUGAGAUUUUCCACAUGUAAUCUCACUGCUCAGUCCUGUGAGAGUUUUUCAUUAGUUUUGAAAUCCUCAAACUCUGUCCUGAGAGAGCUGGAUCUGAGUAACAAUGACCUGAAGGAUUCUGGAGUGAAGCUUCUUUCUGAAGGACUAAAGAGCCCAAACUGUCAGCUGGAGAUACUCAGGUUGUCUGGCUGUAUGGUGACAGAGGAAGGCUUUGGUUAUUUAUCUUCAGCUCUGAGUUCAAACCCCUCACACCUGAGAGAGCUGGAUCUGAGCUACAAUCACCCCGGGGAUUCAGGAGUCAAACUGCUCUCUGAAAAACUGGAGGAUCUAAACUGUUCACUGGACAAACUCAAGUAUGUCAAGCAGGAGUUUUUGGGUUUUAUUGUUUAA